CGGGGCGGAGGGAGGGAGCGGGCGCUGCGGCGGCGGCGGCGGCGGCGGCGGCGGGGGAAGCAUGGUCGGCGGCGGGCGGGCGCGAUGGAGCCGCCCGAGGGCUGGGACCCCUACCGCCGGCCGGCCCGCCGGACCCAGUGGCUGGUGAGCGCCCUGGCCUACCACUACGGGCUGGACCGCGGCGUGGAGAACGAGAUCGUGGUGCUGGCCACGGGGCUGGACCAGUACCUGCAGGAGAUCUUCCACCACCUGGACUGCGCCGGCGAGGGCAGGAUCCCCGGCGAGGACUUCCGCACGCUGUGCCAGGUGCUGGGGCUGGAGGAGGCGGCGGCGGCCGACCCGGAGGAGUGCGCGGGGCUGUGCGAGGGGCUCUCGGCCGAGCUCACCUUCCGCCAGUUCCACGCGCGCCUCUGCGGCUACUUCAGCACCCAGGCGGGCCGCGCCGCCCCGCGCCGCGCCGUGCCGCGCCUGCCGCUGGGCGCCGAGAGCGAGCACAUCGAGACGCAGAUCCGCCUGCGCAGCCCGCUGCGGCGCCGCCGCCCGCCCCCCGGCCCGGGCCCCGGCCCCGGCCCCGGCCCCGGCCCCGGCCCCGGCUCCGGGCGCGGCGCGCAGGCGGCGGCGGGGCGGCGGGCGGCCGGGCCCUGCUCGCGCGAGUGCUACGAGGAGGUGGUGGCGCUGGAGCAGGCCGAGGACCGCAUCGCCAAGCUGGAGGAGGAGAACGGCAGCCUGCGGGAGCUGGUGGAGGACAUGCGGGCCGCCCUGCAGAGCAGCGACGCCCGCUGCCUCGCCCUGCAGGUAGGACUGCGGAAGAGCCAUGCUAACCAUAAGGAAGAGGGGACCUGUUUUAUAGGGAGUAAAAGACUGAUAACACAGAACCACCCCCAGACCAAGUGCCUUCAAAGCGUCCUGAAGGAAGUGGAGCUCAUCCGGAGCUCCAGGGAUGGACAAAUUGAAGAAGCAAUUAAGUUCAAUCAGGAAUUGGAAAGAGAGCUGAAGAGCUCUCAGGAAGCUCUAGUCAACCUGGAAGACUGCAACCGUAACCUGAAGAGGGAACAAGCAGAAAUGAGGAAGAAGGUUGAAGAAGCAAGACAUGCGGUCCUUAACAGUCUUGGCAAAGUGAAGGAGCUAGAAGUGAAAGCUAACGAAGUGCCACAUUUGCAAAUAUACAUUGAGCAGCUAGAAUCAGAACUGCAGCAUUAUAGAUCAGAAACCGCGAAAUUUCAGCCUCCUUCAAAAAGCAGCCCAGAGCAGAAAGAAGGAACAGCUUUACUGGAUGGAAGAUACUGCUUAUCUGCUGUGCAGCAAGAUCGAAGAUCUCCCACUGGUGGAGCUGGGAUUUCAGAAAAUGCGGAGGAUCAGAUGUUCCGAUCGGUGGAGGGCCAGGCCGCCUCCGACGAAGAGGAGGAGAAGUGGACAGGAGACCAGCAGUCCCAAGUGGCCGAAGUGAAGAAAAUACUUGCCAAGCUCCCUUGUUGUGGCACUGGAUGUGAUGAAAAAAUGCGGAAAAAGCUGAUAUCUUAUUUUGGCACCACCAAAACUGAAAACUAUCAAACAGCCUCUGUGGAGCUAGCAGAGAGACUCACGCAGCUCACUGAACAGCUUGAGCUCAAAGGGCAUGAAGUGAAAAAACUGGAAACAAAUACGGAAGAGAUGAAAGGCCCAUUGCUAGGUGAACUGCAGCAAAAGGUGGAGGAGACUGAAUUGUUGAAGAUGGAGCUACAGAUGUUGGAGACUGAGAGAGUCAGGCUGUCACUGGUGGAAGAAAAGUUCAUGGAUGUUUUACAGCUUCUUCAACAACUUCGAGACCUGAAUAUAUCUAAGCGAGCCCUGGGGAAAAUCUUGCUGAGCACUUUGGAAUCCUGCCGUGACCCCCAAAAUGGAAAAGCCCACCUUUUUGAAGUCCUAGAUACUCUUUACCAUGGGCUGACUGCCUGCGAACUCUUACAAAGCCAGCCUCUGGAGCAGGCGCAGAAUCGCCGGUCCUUGUCUAACCCGCUGGUCAUCUCGUGCUGAGCAACAGUGCCAACGACAGCCCCUCGCAGCUCGUCAAACAACAGCCACCGCUCAUUCAAACAACUGACGAAUGAAGAAGAUUUGUCAAAUUCAAAGGAGCUCAGUAAUGGAGAAGAGUAGUAGAAUAAUUAAGCCACAAAAUCAAAGGUAUGCUGCUUCUGGGAAGAGCGCUAAUUCCUCAGCUAACUCCAAAGUCAUCCCUUGUUCACGUGAUGUGAGGAUUACUCACCAAUGCCCAUCUCUGACAGAAGCCUAACCAGCCUUACGUUUUGGCCCUGUAACUGAACUGGCUACACAAAUAAGAAGUAUUCCAAUUACACUGACCUGACCAAUUUAGAUUUACAGCCCUGGUUAUACAGUAGCUGGCAACAACUUUUAGCUUUUGUGUUAACUGAAUCAUUUUAUUCAAAAGCAAAAGACAGCCUUUCUAGCCACUGGCAAGUAAGCUGUGUUCUUAAUGCACAAGGGACAAAAUUACUGUAAUAUAAAGAUACACAUAUGAAUAUAGGCCAGUAGUGCAAGUUAAAGACUAUGUAUAAAAUGUAUGUUUGUAUGUUUAUAUAUGUGAAUACAAUUAUUGACCUUAUUUAACUCUAAAGUUAGAUUUAUCUUACUGUUCUGCUGAAUUUUGUAUUUGUAAUUAUAGAAACGCCUUAGAAAUUUGCAACUAUUCUUACUGAUGAUAGUCUUAAGAUUUUAUAUUAAAAGUUACAUUUAACUGCUUGAAAAACGCACAAAGCAAUCUUGUUUCCAGGCUCUCAGGGAAAGGAAGGACUGAAAAAUUCACUUUGCAACAGCUGCCAUCAUUGCAUUAGCAAAUGACACGUACAGUACAUGGUUUCGUUCUCCAUUUAAUUUUCCUCAGUGCAACUGUACAGACACAAAGAUAAGCCCCACCUGCAGACAAAUGGAAGUAAAAUGCUGGGCCUAAUCAUGGUGUCAUAUACCAUUUUAAUCAGCAAUAAAAUAAUUCCCUGGGGGCAAAAGUAAAAAACCCAAGUUGCUGCCAAGUUGCCUUUGCUGUUUCAUUCAACUAUCAAACAGAGAAAUUAAAGAAGCAGAGUUCUUAAAACACCCAGUUGAAUUUAUGUUAUUGAAAAGAUGUACUGUAGUUCUUCUAAAAAUGUGAAAUGAUUUGCCUGAGAUAAUGCCAGCAAUGGAAUAAGACCAUUCAAUUCAGAACUGUGUACAUAUGAUUUUUUUCCAUGAAAAUGUAUUUCAUACAGAAGAAGAAGUUCAUAUCGCAAUGCAAUUUGGGGAGUAGGGAGAUUUCUAUUCCUUUUUAUUCAUAAUUCACUGUAUAGCUCACAUAUGCCUCCCAUGCAAAACUGCACUACAUUACUUAACAUUUUGAAACAUGCUGGUAGCAAAAACAUGCAGUAGAUACUUUUGUUUUAGAGAAAAAAGUUGUUUUGUAAACAAUGGGCCAAACUCUGUUCAAUGGUGUUACUUGGGAUUUUUUCUGGUUUAACAUAGGAAGUUUAUAAAAAGAUAUAUAUUAGAUACAGAUAUGUAUUUUCAUUGCAGAUUUUUCAUCAAAAUAAUUUAGACAGGACAGAUAGACAUACUGUAAUAUUCACUCUAAAUAAGAAACCUGUAUACUAAUACUACAUAUAAUACAUAUGUAUUUUUAAGCAUAAUAUAAUGCAUAUAUAAAAUAAGCAUAAUAAUACUUAGUUUAUACUUAGCAAUAUACUAAUACUAAGAAAACUAUAUACUAAAUGUGCAACAGGUAAAAAUUACAUAAAAUGGGCAGAAGUUAAUUCCCUGUUUGGGUUUAUUUUCUAAGAAAGCAAGAGCAAUUAUCAGCUUAUGUUCGGUACAGCUCUCUUGGACUUUUCUAGGAAUAAUGUAUAUGUAUAAAGAGAGAAAAUGCCAGUAAAUCAUUAAGUAUGCAUGAUCUGUGUGUAUACUUGGCAGAAAAGACACUUCAGGAAUAGGAUUACAAUGCAAAUACAUACCUGAUUACGAGUUCCCUCAAGCACUACAGUAUUCUUUCAUGAUAUGAAUUAAUGUUACUUGUUGCAUACUCUCUCUCCAUAUACACAAGUAUUUGUAUAAUAUAUACACUUAUGUAUACAUUAGUAUUGCUAAUUGCAUACUUUUGGGAUCUUUUUUCUAAUAUCUUUCUAGAAAUAUUCCAGACUAUUAAGUGGACUUAUGUGCUAAUGACAAAAUGAGGGAGGCGCAAUAUAAUCCGAGUACUGCACAGCUUAUCCAAGCAGCAGUUGAGCUGCAGUUGGAAGGUGAAAAAUAUCACUGGAAACACUGGAUAUUUCUGGUGUUAAGGAAGAAGCAAACAGUUGAGAUUAAAGGAAGCUUUUGUGAAUAAAUAAAAAGCAGUUAACUGAUAGGAAGGACCAAAACUGUAUCUUGUUGAAUUAAGUUCAAGUACUGUAACAUUUUCUAUUUCUAUAAGAAAUGGCUACAAAUUAGAAUGAUUUUUGAUAUAUCAGCAUGUCCUCGAGUAAUGAAUUAUGGAGUAAGUCAGACCUGCUGUAUUUUCAUAAGAAAACUCUGCUCUUCAGGAUGGAUUAAUAAACAGCCAUUAGUCAAA